UCACUUUCCCUCGUUCCACUUUCCUCUCCCUCUAUCUCUUUCUCUCUCUAGAUCUCGAUUUCCUUCGUUGUAACUCUCACUAUCUCUCAACCUUCUCUUACUAUCUCAAAGACUCCAACACUGAUACUAUCUUUUUCUUUAUUCUUCUUCUUUCUUACCAUCUCUUACAUUGUCGUUUACUCUUUUUACUCUUUUCUACUUCAUUUCAUUUGAUUUACAUCGAUCUCUGUUUAUCUUUUGAUCUUUUGUACCCUUCAUUCUGUAUUCAAUAGCCAUGGCUUACUUCGUCUUCCAACUAGUCUUUCUUUUCUUCGUUGUUCGGUAUCUCUUCUUCCAGUCCAAGAAGCCUGAAGCACCCGUGACACAAGAUGAUCAGGCCCAGGAAACAGAAAAGCUAGCCGAAAUCGAUGGAGGAACCUGGAAGCAGACAUCUGUCUUCGAACACGUUGAACGAGGGUUGAAGAAGAACCCAGACGGACCUGCUGUGGUCUGUCUGUUCAAACAAGCAGAGUCUCUUCGUAAGUUAGUCGCCUCAAGUGGGGCAGACAGGUACAAUGAGGCUUCUCAAGACCCUGUCCAGAGCCUCUGGAGAAAGGAGCAAAGUACUCCGCCAGAGAAGAAGACGCCCCCAACGUCGCCAAAGAAGACCGACCCUAAUACUUUCACAAUGAGCUACAUGCAACUCCAUCUAACAGCACUGAGGCUUGCCGCCGGACUAGUCUCUCAUGGAGCUCAAUCCAACAGCAACAUGCUUAUGCUCAUUCCCAACGGAGGCGAGUAUACAAUCUUGCUCUGGGUCUGCAUACUACUUCGCAUCACAUAUGUCAGCAUUGACCCCUCUUCUCUCGAGAUUACGGGAUUCACGGCGCUCAAGCACACACUGCGAACUAUCAAGCCUCAGAUUGUCGUUGUCCCAGAUGCACUAAGCGGCAGGGCCAUCGACGUCGGGAUGUCCGAGCUGGGCCUUCCCCAACCUAUCCGCUUGUGCUUGUUCGACUCUGAUUCUGUUUCCUCUCCCAAAGGAUGGAGAUCUUUGAACGCCAUUGCCAACAGCAACAAAGACUCCCGUGCCAUGGAAGUAUCGAUCGAACUGGCAGCACGACAGGACCGCGACCCUAAGCGAAUCAACUCUAUCAUGUUCACAUCGGGCACGUCGGGUCUGCCCAAAGGCUGUCCUCAGUCUGUCUCCGCCAUUUCGUACGCUCUCCAUUCUCAGGAGUGGCUCUUGGACUCUGAGUCCGGUGCGUCGGAUUAUGCCCUGAUGCAACCCCACAACUCGCGUGGCAUCGCACCUGCACAAACCCUGCAGACAUGGCGAGCUGGAGGCGCUGUGGUUCUUACGGGCCAAAACUUCAAUGUGAAAGAUGCCAUCAAUGCCAUCAAGCAGGUUGGAGCGACAUUCUUUGUGCUCACCCCACCGAUGGUGCACGAGUUCGGUGUUCAAAUGGCCGCAGAGCCUCUUGAUGUAUCCUGCGUGAAGCGAAUUCAAAUCGGCGGCGACGCAGUCACCAAAGAUGUUCUGGUCAAGUGCGCUGCACUCUUCCCGCGUACUCAGGUAUGUGUGAACCACGGCAUGACUGAAGGACCCGGAGUGUUCCUAUGGCCCUUCCUCGACGUCUCGCCAGAGAAGAUCCCAUUCUUGGGAGGCCAGAUCUGCCCCAUUGGUGUCGUCGCGCCCGGUGCUAAGGUCCGCAUCUGUGAUGUCUCUCGUCCUUAUGGAAAGGGCGAACCGAAGCGAGCAGUGAAGAGGGGACAUCUUGGAGAGCUACAUAUCUCUUGCCCAAGCGUCAUCAAGAGUUAUCUCAAUGGCAGGUCCGACGAGUCUUUCUACAAUGAUGGAAAGGGAAGGUGGUUUAACACCGGAGAUAUGGCUAUGAUUGAUGGUAACGGACUCCUUUACAUUGUCGGACGACGAAAAGAUAUGAUCAAAUGCGCGGGCGUGACUGUCGCACCCGCUGUGAUCGAAAGCUGCAUUGCUGCAUUUACAAAGACCCAGACUGUUGUAGUCCCGGCUCCACACCGUGUCCUCGGCGCAGAACCAUUUGCUGUUGUCGACACUUCAAAGAUGGCAACGAACGAACAGAUUAAAGAUCACAUCCGCGCCAUAUUGGGACGGGACUACGCGCUGGGUGGAGUUGUUGAGUUGAAGCAGUUAGGUCUCGUGGACUUCCCAGUCAACGCGACACACAAGAUCAUCAAGACUGACAUACAAUCUGCGGUAGCAAGGUACCUGCAGAAAGCAAAGAAGUAAUAGACGGGGAUGGCUGUUCGUGAUUUGCUUUGGUUGUUCUAUUGUAACCUCUCUUAUUUUCCUUUUAACGAUGGUCGAUUUGCUGGUCGAAGAAAUAGGGUACAAUCUCUUUGUAUCAUUCCAUUUGUUGUAUAGUACGAGUUUAGAUGUAUAGUAUUGCGUGCUGAGCGAUGUUGUAUUUACAAACUGUAUAGGAC